AUGGAUUCGUUCAAGUUUCACGAUGCGAGAGCACCGAAAUCGAACGCGAUUUCGAGGCACCGGAGCUUGCGGAGGAUCACGGUCGCGUUCCGUUGCUUCGAGCUGCUCGUUUUCCUCCUAAUCGCCUCCAGAUUCUCGACUCGGUUCGCCUACGAUCUGAAUCUGUCGAGCGCGUGUUUCAGGGGGAUUUCGGUGACUCUAAUCAGCCCGAGAUUCGUGUUCCUCGUCGGGAACGCGAUUGUGGUCGUCUUGUUCCUGAUCUCCGGCCGAUUUUCCGACCGCGGCGAGGCCGUCGAUUUAUACGAAGAGUACUCGGGGAGGUCGCGGAGCAGCCGGCGAAAAAUUCGGGAGGAGGAGGGGAAGGAAUUGGGCGGCGCGUGUGUGUACGGCGUGGUUGGUGGUGGGAGGAGGAUGGGAAGGUGCAGAUCUGAGGUUGUUGGGAGGGAAAAUGGGCGGCGGGAUCUGAGGCCGAGCGCGAGCGAGAAGUGCCGGAAAAGCGGCGAGUGCGGACGGAAGGCGGCGGGUGGCGGCGGCGGUUCGUACAAGGAGGAUGAGAUGAGCGGCGAGGAGUUCCGGCGGACAGUGGAGGCGUUUAUUGCUAGGCAGCAGAGGUUUUUGAGGGAGGAAGAAGGGUUCUCAGCCGUGGUUUCUGUGUGA